GUAUAUAUAUAAUUGUCAAAUUAUAUACAUUUUGAUUGCAACGUUUUUUGUAAUAAUUUGACGUCACCGCGCAGUGAGCGGUGUGGAGUUAUAGAGAAAAAUGGCAGGAGCGAUAAGUCGUUAUUUUCAAGUUCCAAAGAGACAAUUAGGACUCCUUGGACCUUAUUUAAAUGGUCAACAAACAAGAACACUUGCUGAUUCUGCUCCAGAAGGAAAGAAAUUCGGAAGUCCUUUAGCAGAUCAGGAUCGAAUCUUUACAAAUUUAUAUGGAAGACAUGAUUGGAGAUUGAAAGGUGCCCUUAAACGUGGUGAUUGGUAUAAAACAAAGGAAAUUUUGGAUAAAGGAUCCGAUUGGAUUAUCAAUGAAGUAAAAGUAUCGGGUCUUCGAGGACGUGGAGGAGCUGGUUUCCCAUCGGGAAUGAAAUGGUCCUUUAUGAAUAAACCAUCUGAUGGACGACCAAAAUAUUUGGUAAUCAAUGGUGAUGAGGGAGAGCCAGGAACUUGUAAGGAUCGAGAAAUUCUACGUCACGAUCCACAUAAACUUGUCGAGGGUUGUUUAAUUGCAGGACGUGCAAUGGGAGCGUGUGCCGCUUAUAUUUAUAUUAGAGGAGAAUUUUACAAUGAAUCAUCCAAUGUACAAGUUGCGAUUGCCGAAGCUUAUCAAGCGGGCUUGAUUGGUAAGAAUGCUUGUGGUUCUGGUUAUGAUUUCGAUAUUUUCGUUCAACGCGGUGCGGGAGCUUAUAUUUGUGGCGAGGAAACUGCGCUCAUUGAAUCGAUUGAGGGAAAACAGGGAAAACCAAGAUUGAAGCCUCCAUUUCCAGCUGAUGUUGGACUAUUUGGAUGUCCAACUACUGUCACUAAUGUUGAAACUGUUGCUGUGGCUCCUACAAUUUGUCGACGAGGUGGUUCAUGGUUUGCGUCAUUUGGUCGACCUCGUAAUAGCGGAACAAAACUAUACAAUAUUUCCGGUCAUGUAAACAAUCCUUGCACUGUUGAAGAAGAAAUGUCAAUUCCUUUAAAGGAAUUGAUUGAAAGGCACGCAGGUGGAGUAAUCGGUGGUUGGGAUAAUCUUCUAGGUGUCAUUCCCGGAGGUUCUUCGACGCCUGUUAUUCCCAAAAGUGUGUGUGACACAGUUUUGUUGGAUUUUGAUGACCUCGUCAGAGUGCAGAGUUCUUUUGGUACAGCUGCCUUAAUUGUCAUGAAUAAACAAACUGAUAUAAUUAAAGCAAUUGCUCGUCUCAUUAGUUUUUAUAAACACGAGUCCUGUGGACAAUGUACACCAUGUCGCGAAGGAAUUAGCUGGAUGUAUAAAAUCAUGAAAAGAUUUAUCGAUGGAAAUGCUGAAGUACACGAAAUCGAUAUGUUGUGGGAAUUAACAAAACAAAUAGAAUUGCACACAAUUUGUGCGUUGGCUGAUGGUGCUGCUUGGCCUGUUCAAGGUCUCAUCAGGCAUUUUAGACCGGAAAUCGAAGAACGAAUGAAGAAAAAUAAGAGUGCAGCAUCUGUUUAAGAAGGUUGAUUAAGUAGAAUAAAUAAUAAUCAUUAUUAAUUAAAAAUUACAAAAGCAUCUAGAGAACUGUAUUUAUUUUCAGUGUAUAUAGAGGAGCCUAGUUAAAUUUUU